CUCCUGCUGUGAGUGACGCGAUCAUCUCUCUUAUCCCUCAACUUUGCCUGUUGCCAGACCAGGCAGCCGAGGUGGACGCUGGCUAUCACCGCUGACAUUCUUAACGCGAUCACACCAAAACAAAAAUAUGCUCCCUCACCUUGUUUAUGUAUUUUCCCGCUGACUUCUCAGUGCAUGCCCUUAUUCCAGUGACGAUGGUUUUUAGUUUUUCUUUUCAUCGGACUCCCCGAUGUUGUGCAGUCUACUACACGAAGGCGUGAAUCUUUUUUGAGUAGAGGUGGAUCUUCCCGGAUACGGCGAGGGGGCAGCUAUAUGAAAUAAAAAGAAGACUUCUCACGGAAAUCCCCACAGAUUAAAAAAAAAAUGCCACGGAGGAAACAAGAAGCGCCGAAGCGCGCAGCAGCUUAUUCUCCCGACGAGCUGACAGAGCACCAUGUGGAGGAUGAGGAAGCAGAAGCGGACGACCUGCCCUCAACCCCUCAGGACGACCUUCCCAUGAAAGAUGAGUUUGUGGAGCAAAGUGUAGAGACUGCCAAGGAGCAGGCAUGUGACCAGGAAUCAGCUGAGACCACAGAGCUCUCAGGACAAGAGAUGGACAGUGAGUCACAUGUGAGUGAGACUAGUGACCGUCUUUCAGACUUCGAGAGCCCCUCCAGAAAAGUUGAGGGCAGCGUUGUCACAGCAUCUAUGAAUGCUGACAGCAAGACGCCUCCCAUAGGCAUGGACACGUUAGAACAAAUGAAGGCUAUCUACUCCAGCUUUCUCACCAGCCCCUUGUGGUCACCACUAAAUUUUAACUCCACACCUCUACAGGCGCAGUCUUCGACUUCUGCAGAGAAACCAGCUCGCAGUAACAGCACCAGUAGCAGUAGUAGCUGUAGCAGUGGUAGCUAUGACUGGCACCAAACUGCAGUGGCAAAGACACUACAGCAGCAUCCUCCACAGAGCCGUCACCCCGCUCAGUCAGAGCCCAGCCUCUUUAGUACAGUCCAACUCCACAGGCAAAACCCAAAGCUGUUUGGCUCAAUCUUUACUGGGGCCAGUAAAUUCCGUUGUAAGGGCUGUAGCGCUGCUUAUGACACUCUGGUGGAGCUGACAGUUCACAUGAAUGAUACAGGCCACUACCGUGAUGACAACCAGGACAAGGCAGGCAGUGGCGCCAAGCGCUGGUCUAAACCACGUAAGCGGUCCCUGUUGGAGAUGGAGGGAAAAGAGGAUGCCCAGAAAGUUUUGAAAUGCAUGUAUUGUGGCCAUUCCUUUGAAUCCCUCCAGGACCUCAGUGUCCACAUGAUCAAGACCAAACACUACCAGAAAGUGCCUUUGAAGGAGCCCAUGGCCCCUGUGGCAGCCAAAAUCAUGUCUUCAAAGAAGCGGGGACUCGUGGGGUUAGACCUCAGUGCUACACCGCGCUCUAGAGAAGGAACCCCUAAAGCUAAACACCCACAAGGAGAACUUAGUGAAUCCUCACAGAAACCUUCCUCCAGCCCAUACACUACCCCAAAUAACCGCUAUGGACACCAGAAUGGUGCUAGCUAUGCUUGGCAAUUUGAAUCCAACAAAUUUCAGAUCCUCAAGUGCAUGGAGUGUGGGAGUUCCCAUAAUACACUCCAAGAGCUGAGGACCCACAUGAUGGUGACAGGACACUUCCUGAGGGUGACCAGCUCUGUGGGAAAGAGAAUCAAAACACUUCCCGAGGCUACCUCCCCCAAUCCCGGGAGAGUUACCACACCUACAGAACAGAGGGUCCAGUCUGUACCUCUUGCACCCUCUACCUUCUCCCCUCCGCCUCUUCAAACUCAACUUACCACAACUCCCCCAGCCACCUCCCCUCCCCUCAGAGAGAUCAAGAAAGAGGAGGUUGAGGAGGAAUGCACUAAGCAGGAGGCAGUAGGAAAUGAAAAGCAAGUUGCAGUUACUGUUAGUAAGGAGGAAGAUACUGAGAGGGAGGAAAAAUACGACAUUUCGAAAUAUAACUACCUUACCGAAGAGGACCUGAAGGAAAGCCCUAAAGGGGGAUUGGAUAUUCUGAAAUCACUGGAAAACACUGUGACAUCAGCCAUCAAUAAGGCACAGAGUGGCAAUCCAAGCUGGGGAGGCUAUCCUAGCAUCCAUGCUGCCUACCAGUUCCCCAGUGCCCUUAAGCAAGGAAGCAUGGAAAAGAAUUCACAAAUGAAGUUCUUGUUCAAUGGAGGCGAUGGAGCGCCGUCCUCCCUUGCCAAGAACCAGCCCCUCAUUUCCCCACCACUUAGUCAGUCGUCACUUUUUCCCAGCAACAACUUUCAGGCAAUGGAAGACUUAGUGAAAAAAGUGACUGAGAAAGUAGCAAAAGUAGAACAAAGAGUUAAGCAGUUAUCUCCAAAGAGGGAGAACCAGUUCUCCCCCUGCAGCAGUGAGGCUGGAGAAUCACACAAGGGAGGGGAGGCAGACUCGCCUCGGGAAUGGAGGGAAGUUACCCCAACCAAUAGCGACAGGGGAAGCCAUGGUGACAGAGCAUCUCCAGCAACCGAACCCAAGAGAGAAGCAGCAGUGAAAUCCCCGCUUGCCUCUACACUGAGAUGCAGCACCGCCAUUAUCACUGGUCACACUCCUCCAGAGCAGCCCUUUGUCAACCCUCUAAGUGCUCUUCAGUCAGUAAUGAACAUUCACUUGGGGAAAGCAGCCAAGCCCUCUUUGCCAAACCAAGAUCCCUUGAGUCUCCUCUCUAGGCUCAGCCAGAGCAUGGCUGAGAAGGCCGCUGUGGCUGCUCCUCCAUCACAGACCAAAAAGCAAGAAAGUGUAGCUAAUAACAAUAGCUUUUGCCAGCCAAAUGAUGACCAACCCAUGGACCUUACAAAAGGGAAAAGUGAUCGAGGGGACUCUGUAAACUCAGCUCCUCUAACGCCAUCAUCCACAGCCUCCUCAGUCUCCCCCAUCUCUCUUGUUACUCCUGCAAAGCUAACAGUGGUCUCUCCAUACACAUCCAGCAGCCCUCUACACGAAAAUGCAUUGUCGGAUAUCUCAGACAUGCUGAGAAACCUUACACAGUCCCACCAUGUCACAAAGUCGGCGUCACGCCCACGUGUGACGGAUAAAACUGAAGUUGUGGGCUCUACCCAUGACGAUGAUGACGUGUCCCUGCAUGGCCACAAACGAAAGGGUCGUCACUCCAACUGGAACCCACAGCACCUCCUUCUUCUGCAGGCCCAGUUUGCCUCAAGCUUGAGGCAGACGUCAGAGGGGAAAUAUAUCAUUAAUGACCUCAGCCCACAAGAAAGAAUGCACAUAUCUCGUUUCACGGGUCUCUCCAUGACCACCAUCAGCCACUGGCUGGCCAACGUGAAGUACCAGCUACGGAGAACGGGCAGAACGAAGUUCCUCAAGAACCUAGAUUCCGGUCAACCUAUAUUCUUCUGCAGUGACUGUGCCUCGCAGAUUCGAACCCCAGCAGCUUACGUAUGCCACCUGGAAGCCCACUUGGGGUUCAGAAUCAGGGACCUGGCCAAGCUGUCUCCCAAACAGACUGUCAGGGACUCUCAGACUCUCACUGAGAAAGUAGUGCCCCUGGAGUCCUUUCUUCCUCCACAGUCGCAAGAUGACUGCAGUAGUAAUGGGGGAGUUUAUCGCUGCCAGCUCUGUGUCCGUAAGUUUGCCACUAAGCAUGCCAUCAAGCUUCACCUCAGCAAGAGCCAUGGGAAGUCUCCAGAGGACCAUCUGCUAUACGUGUGUGAGACGGAGAAAUGUUAAAUCCCUCUUAGCAGUAGAAAUACUGUAAAACAUAUGUAGAAUGACAGACUGUUAAAAAAGAUAAAAUGAAAAACAAAAUAUUCGAAAAGUGUGGUAAUGCACAAAGUUGCCAUGAACUACUGUUAAAAAUUUCAGCACAAGGUGUUUACAUCUAUUCAGCCUAUACACAUUUCUGAUUUCUCUGUAUUUCAAAAGACAUUUAUUUCACUUUAAAAUAUACUGUAGGUCAAAGCUAUUCAGCUCCCUCAGUCUGUGUUCACCUUUGUGAGACGGAUUAUUUCACGAUUAUUUCAGUGAAUCUUUUGACUUGAGAGUCAACUAUUGACUUGAAAUGUACUAAUUUUAUUGUAUUUAUUUUGUAUUUUUGUGAGUUUGCUUUCGGUUUGCUGGUAGACUGCAUGUUUUACUGUUACAUUUGUACAGUCCUAUCCUGUCUAGAUUUUAAAAUGCCCUUCCAAACUGGUCAUCAACACAUUAAAACAGCCAAAUGCCUGGGAAAGCUCCUUUAAAGAAUCUGCCAAACAGCAGAAGUUCAUUGCUUGUUUUAUAGUUUUCUCUGUGCGGUCUUGUUUUCUUGCUGAUUGUAAAAGCUGCCUUGUUCUUUAUCACUGAUUAAGGGGCACUUAAAAUCCAGGUCUGUGUAAAAAUGUACAUAUAGUGUGUAAGCUUAUGAUUUGCUGUUUAAAUUAUGCAUACUUGUUAUAUUUCCUAAUUUAAGAGGACUAUGACUAUCCACUGGUGCAGAGCCUUUGAAGAAGAUUAAAAAGGACACUGUUUUGCACAAUAGUUUUAUAAAUGUUAUUUGAUAAAAAAAAAAAACAAUACAGAUAUGUUAAUGCCUUGUGCUUCUAUGAUUAAAUCAAAUUAAUUGCUGCAAAAA